GUUCAUGGAUGCACAUCAUAAGGGCAAUGCAAACAUUUAAAAUAGAUGUGAAUACCUGCCUCAUCAGCCAACACAAUUCACCUUGAUAUCAUCCGUGAUUGAUCUUUUCACGCUUUUAUCAUGGAGAGUUCAUCAACUUCGCGCCUUCCCGAAGUCUCCAACGUAGCACGGAUGAGCGUAAGGGGGCUUCCCGCAAUCCCAGCAAGUCCGCUCAGGCCGGACACUCCUCCCGAAAUUGCAAGAGACUUCUGGAUCCCUCAAGUUUCCGGUGAUGGUCAAAUUUACUAUGCCAACACAGUCACCGGGCAACUAUCUCGUGAUCUACCGUUCGACACGGAGGAUGAGACGUUUGAUUGUGACCUUGCGGGCUUAACUUCAUCACAAUUGAGCUCUCGCGCUGGCACUGGCGCUGGUCUAGGUUUUGCUUCUUAUGGGGAUGUCGACACUCUAUCCGUUGUAAAUGAUGAUCCUCAAUCUCAGUCAAAUCCAUCGGAGCCCGCACGUCCACCCAACACGUCAUCAUCUCAUCACCCAAAUCUCCUAAAUGGUGCUCCGGUGGCUCUGACGGCUCCCCAAAAACCAUCUUCGUCUUUUCUUCUCGCAGACCUUCCACCAGGCCGCGCCCGUGCCCAGACAGACUCGUCUGCCCUUCCCUCGAAUCGUCAUACGUACCGCAUUCCCAGUGCUCUUUCCGGUUCGCCGACUGACCAAGUACUGAAGAGAAGUCUUACCAUGUGGGAGAGCUCAUCUACUGGCCACCAGAUGUCGUUGUCCAUGGAUCAAGAUCCUCGUCUCUUCUCGUACGCUCACCGUCCGCCCGUGUCCAGAAAGGGCUCUCGAUUAAAGGAAGCUGCCACAUUACCCAUGCUUCCCCAAGUCCAGGAACUUCCACCAGAAGACUCUUCUCAGCUCUUGACUGCAUCGCCAUCUCUGGAGGAAGUACUUUCUCCUCGUCCACCAGAACUCAUUUCUGAGUUGCUAGAACGAUCUCAACAAUCCAUUCGCUCUGUCAUCACACAUCUGCAGCAGUUUGGAGUCCCUCGCCUCGCAGAUGAUGAAGUAAUCGUUGAUUGCCUCAUUAGUGCCGCUAUCGCUUCAGUUCGCGAUCUACUCUACGUCUCUGGCCCUUCUUUCGGACAAAUACCGAGUUAUUUUAUUUCGAAAGGAUUACAAGGUCAACAGAGCACCAGCACAGCGUCACAUACGUUACUCGUUCCUGCACAACGUCGAGCUAUCGCGACACUCUCAAAGUUUCUACUCUCUGCGAGAGCGAUUUUGAAUGACGGUCCUUGGAGUGCAAGUGACAGCAUCGGCAACCUUGCGGCUGAUGCCUCCGAACUUGAGCGCUCUGUUGCCGAAUAUGUGUCGAUCACGCAAAGUUGUCGCAGUGACGAGGUGGAUUCCAAUAAGGGUCCGAGACACUUGCAGGGGUACUUCUCGGCACCGCAUGCAGGACUUGGGAAGGCUGGCGCCGGGGCUGCUGGAGCUUGGAAAGGAUUUGGUUGGGUCACCAUCGAUGGCAAUGAGGAGGCUCCCCGGCGAAGCUUGGACGGCGCAGUCUUAAACGAUAUCGUGGGGCUUGUAAUGCAGGUACAAGACAAGUCCAGCGAGUUCGUUGAAGGCUUAAGGGCUUCUGCACCUGCCGACGUGGUAACGCCAGCCGGCUUACGAAUGAUGAAUCAGUUGUCUUCCCUCCUCCACCACCUUGGCGACCUGCACGUUGCUCGGCAUGUCGACAUCGAACCUGUGGAUCAGGAGGAACUCAAUGAUGGUGCUCGAUAUCUCCGGACAGUUGAGAAAGCCAGAGUCCUCGUGCGGUCGUUCGAAGCCACCACUCAGGCUGUAUACGACGAUGGCGCUGCACUAUUCACGACUACCCAGCGGAUCCGUCAUGUAGAAGAAUGCGAAACGUGGCGCGGUCGAGAUGAAAAUUAUGAUAACCUUGAAGCGCUGAAUUCCUCGCUGGAUUUUAAUCUUCAGGUCUUGCGACAGACUCUCGAAAGUCUUCUCAUCAUCGUGCAGGAACAGACCGAUAUUCUUGAACGGAGUAGCAAGAGUCCCAUUGAGUGGCGUAUGUCACAACGUAGCCUCAUCACAACAAUGUUGCCCAAUGAGGCACUUAGUGGCACGAAUGACGAACUCUACGAUACGAACAAUGACGACACAGAUGACUUCCUCAGGAACGUUGCCAGUAUCGAGCUUACAACGCCUAUAGCAGAAACACUGACUCCGCCUGUAACAAACGGGAACCCACCCCUGAUAUCCGAUACAUUACCAUGGGCUGACCAUGAAGAUCUUCGCAUGAUAAGAACUCCCCCUCGACAGGACAAGAUAAGGGCGUUCUUUGGUGACGACGCGCCUUCUCACUAUCUCAUUACCCUCAAUGCCGAAAAAAAACCCUGGUAUCUGAGACCGACGUAUGAUCCUAAUGAUGUACUAGUUGACCCUGAUGGAACUACGCGAGGUGGCACUGUUGCAGGCCUAGUUGAGCGGUUAACCGCUCAUGAAUAUGCUGAUCCCAAGUUCAGCAAAGCUUUCUUGAUGACUUACAAGACCUUCACUACCCUUGAUGACUUGUUCAGGUUGUUGGUGGAGCGCUUCUGGAUCCAGCCUCCAGAAGGUCUAAACUCCCCGGAGCUGGCGGAGUGGCGGAAGCUCAAGCAACAGAUUAUUCGUAUCAGGGUUAUUAACACAAUCAAGUCCAUGGUUCAAGAUGACGAGGUGCUAGAGAGAGACGACACAUAUAUCCUUGACCGCAUGAUGGAAUUUGUCUCUGGCGAUGAAGUCAUCACUCUUCCCGCGGCAAAGCAGCUUUUGGUGAUCAUUAAACGUGCUCAGCGAGGGCGUGAUCCAAACAAAGUGACGAUUAGCACGGCUCUGGAUCCGCCACCUCCGCCAAUAGUCCCUAAACGGAUGGAGCUGCUUGACAUUGACGCCUUGGAGCUAGCAAGGCAAUUGACCAUCACAGAAAGCCAAUUAUACCAGAAGAUUCGACCUUCUGAAUGCCUUUUGCGGUCCAAGGAAUCGAAAACUGAUCACCACGAUAACAUCGCGAACUUCAUUCGCCGUAGUAACAGGGUAGCCAACUGGGUUGCAUAUGCCAUCCUUUGCAAAGACGAACCCCGCAGACGCGCUUCCAUUAUGAAACACUUCAUCACUGUUGCUGAUCGCUGCAAGCAUAUUCAGAAUUUUUCGACCAUGUUAGCUAUCGUAUCUGGCCUAAACUCGUCACCUAUUCGUCGGCUCAAGCGCUCUUGGGAGCAAGUGAGCACCAGAUACAUGUCACAGUUGGAAACAUGCGAGACAACAAUCAAUUCUUACAAGACGUUCAACGUCUAUCGAUCUGCUCUUGCGAAAGUUUCCCCGCCGUGCGUUCCGUUCGUCGGCGUUUUUCUUACUGCACUGACACACAUUCAAGACGGCAGUAAGGAUUCCCUUCCGAACAACCUGGUGAACUUUCGAAAACGCCAGAAGACUUCAGAGGUAAUCCAAGACCUUCAACGCUGGCAGACUCAGCCGCACAACUUCCAUCCCCUCCCAUCUGUUCUUGUCUACUUGGACGAUGCACUCGGACAAUUUGGUGACAAAGAUGUCAGCGAUGUCUUCUGGCAGCUGAGCUUAGAACGGGAGCCUCGCGAGAAGGAAGAAGAGAAACUUGCAAGGAUGCUACAUGAGAGCGGUUUUUUUUGAGCCUCACUGCCAUACUGACGUCUCAUGGGACUACCGGUUAGACACGCACUUCUCUCCUAUUACUGUAUCUCAUUGGACACCGACUGGAACAUAUUCUAUUGAUAAAUUAUCACGAUGACUGUUAAAUGACACCCCUCCAAUGUACUUAGGAUUUCAAGAGCUGAAACCUCGUACAACAUUAGUGCACUUACAUUUGCACCAGAAGACC